AUUUCUUGCUACGUCCACCUCCGCCACCGCCACCACCUCCUCCUUCUCCCUAUCCCUUUACCAACAACAACAGAAGCAGCAACACGGCCGUCACCAGCAACCAGAGAAACAAACAUGCUGCUUGGGCGCCGUCUAAUUGUCGUAUAAAUAAUUAAUCGGCAUACAAAAUAAAUGAACCUAUAUUUACAAAAGCAAAACAAUACCAAUUAAAAGUCGGAAAUUAUGAAUAACUAUCCACGUCGCAAUGGUACACACAAAGUUCGAAUAACGAUAUUGUGUGCUCGAAACUUGGCUCGCAAGGAUUUAUUUCGCCUCCCCGAUCCCUUCGCCAAAGUCCAGGUGGAUGGCACUGGUCAGGUGUACUCGACGGAGAUAAGCAAAUCCUCGCUGGACCCCAAAUGGAAUGCGCACUACGAUCUGUUCCUGGGCCUGGCCGAUGCAAUCACCAUAACCGUGUGGAAUCAGCGAAAGAUACACAAAGGCAGCGGCUUCCUGGGCUGCGUGAGGAUACCCGCCUUCACCAUUCAAAGCCUCAAAGGGGCAGGAUUUCAACGCUUGGAUUUGGGCAAACUAUCGCCGGACGACGAUGAGCUGGUGCGUGGACAGAUCAUUAUAUCGCUGCUGUCGAAGGAUGGCCCUAGCAGCGGCAAUCCCCUGGCCAUUGUCGGCCCCAGCGGCGAUGUGCGGGGACCCUCCGAGGAUGAUUCUUCGGAGGACAGUCUGCCCGAAGGCUGGGAGGAGCGGCGCACGGACAACGGACGGAUCUACUAUGUGAACCACGCCACCAAAUCCACCCAAUGGGACCGACCCAGGCUGCCGGGUGGCGGCGGCACAUCACCGCAACAGCGCCACCACAAUGGCAACAACAGCCACGGCCACGGGGAUAGGCAGGCGCCGGCGGGUCCCACACGCUCCACGACCUGCACCAAUCUGCUGAAUGGCGGCAAUCGCAAUCGAGAGGCGGCUGGGACGGGGUCGGACGAGCGACGCCACUCCACGGAGAUCCUGUCCAGUGUGGGCAAGGAAAACACCAGCCCCACGACGCCAAUGGCCUCAAUGGCCGUGACCACACCUGGCAAAAAGUCCUCCUCCACGACCCCGUCCGGCGGUCGCACCUUGGAGACGCGCUGCGGCAACGAACCGACCACGCCCACCAGCAGCACGACGACGACAACGACGGCGACGGGUCGCCUCCACAGCAACAACGACAAUCACGUGAAUCAUGUGAAAACGCCAAAGCAUCAAACGAAUGGCCACGGCCAUGGAUCCCAUGCUCCCGGCGAGGGCACGUCCACAUCGCCAACGGGUCAGCAGAACUAUGUGAAUGGGAAUGCUCAAAGUGGGACAGGGAGUGGGAAUGGCAGCUUCCAAGCGGCCCAGCCACAAAGUGCCAGCAAUGGCUGGACCCAGGAGGAGUCAUCAGCAACGACAGCGACAGCGAACUCAACGACAAGGACAACGACGCCACCCAGGCACAAUCAGAGCCAGAGUCAGAGUCCGCCCGCAACGAAUGCUGCCACAUCCCCAGCAGCAGCUACGCCCGCUGCCAAUGGAAACACUGUACACAGUCCGAAUGCAAACAGCCAGCCAGGAGGCGGCAGAUCCUACACUGCGGCGACUCCGGGCCAGCGUUCACAGCGUCGCAGCUCUCGGCAGCAGGGGGGCGAUGAGCCCUCCACGCGGCGUCGCUCCUCACGCGGUACCCGCCACGGAGGCAGUGCAGGAGGGGGAGGGGGAGGAUCUGGACAGAGAUUAGCAUCGGCCGCUAUUGCAGCGGCCAAUCAGGCGGCGCGUCCCUUUCUGGACCUGCCCUCCGGCUACGAGAUGCGGACCACGCAACAGGGCCAGGUGUACUUCUAUCACAUACCCACGGGUGUGUCCACGUGGCACGAUCCGCGGAUACCGCGGGACUUUGACACCCAGCAUCUGCCGCUGGACUCUAUCGGUCCUUUGCCCAGUGGCUGGGAGCAGAGGAAAACGGCCUCCGGACGCGUCUAUUUUGUGGACCACAACAACCGCACGACACAGUUCACGGAUCCGCGUCUCAGUGGGAGUCUGCUGCAGCUGAUUCGCCGGGGACCUGUGCCGCCGACUGGAGCAGCAGCUCCUGGCGCUGCCACACCACCCACGACAGCAGCAGCGGCGUCGGCGGCUUCCGCGUCCGCGCCCAAUCCCACUUCUACAUCCAAUCAGCCAGCUGCACCUGGCCCUGCACCUGCCCCACCACCAACAGCAGCAGCAGCAGGCUCCACGGCAGCAAACACGACAGCGACAACUAUAACGAACACCCCGCAUCGCAUUUGUCCGGAAGGCCUGCCGCAGGGCCUGCUCGAGGGGGCCGACUUGCUGCCAAAGUACCGCCGGGAUCUGGUCGGAAAACUACGCGCCCUGCGCACCGAGCUGCAAACGAUGCAGCCGCAGUCCGGCCACUGCCGGCUAGAGGUGUCGCGCAACGAGAUUUUCGAGGAGAGCUAUAGACUGAUAAUGAAGAUGCGGGCCAAGGACAUGCGCAAGCGUUUGAUGGUCAAGUUCAAGGGUGAGGAGGGUUUGGACUAUGGCGGUGUGGCCCGCGAGUGGCUGCAUCUGCUCUCCCGCGAGAUGCUCAAUCCGCAGUACGGCCUGUUUCAGUACAGUCGCGACGACCACUACACGCUGCAGAUCAAUCCCGAUUCGGGCGUGAAUCCGGACCAUCUCUCCUACUUUCACUUUGUGGGCCGCACCCUGGGCAUAGCCGUGUUCCACGGCCACUGCCUCGACGGGGGCUUCACCACGCCCUUCUACAAGCAGCUGCUGAACAAACCCAUCACGCUGGGCGACAUCGAGGGCGUCGAUCCUGAGCUGCACCGCAGCCUCACCUGGAUGCUGGAGAGCAACAUUAGCGGCAUCAUCGAGUCGACAUUCAGCGUGGAGAACAAUAGCUUUGGGGCUCUGGUGGUGCACGAACUGAAGCCUGGCGGCGCCGCCAUACCCGUCACGGAGGAGAACAAGCGCGAGUACGUUAAGCUCUAUGUAAACUAUCGCUUCAUGCGCGGUAUCGAACAGCAGUUUCUGGCUCUGCAGAAAGGCUUCUGUGAGCUGAUACCCAACCAUCUGCUGCGACCGUUUGAUGAGCGGGAACUGGAAUUGGUCAUUGGCGGCAUCUCGAGCAUCGAUGUCAACGAUUGGCGCAACAAUACGAGACUGAAGCACUGUACGAACGAGACGACGCAAGUGCUGUGGUUCUGGCAGGUGGUCGAGUCGUACAGCUCUGAGAUGCGAGCACGUCUGCUGCAGUUUGUGACGGGGUCGUCGCGGGUGCCGUUGCAGGGAUUCCGUGCACUGCAAGGAUCCACGGGUGCGGUGGGGCCACGUCUGUUCACCAUCCACCUCACCGUCGAUGUUCCCACACAGAACCUCCCCAAGGCGCACACCUGCUUCAAUCGGAUCGAUCUACCGCCUUACGAGAACUAUCAGCUGCUCUGCGAUAAGCUGACCCAAGCGGUGGAGGAGACCUGUGGCUUUGCCGUGGAGUAGGGACCAAGCGAUCGAUAGAAUCCAGAGAUAAAAUCCCCCACACACCCACACCCACGCAUAUGCAAAUACAUAGGCACCUAUAAAUAAAUAUACACCAACAUAUACAUAUACAAAAAGGCGCAUGCGAGGAGAACGCGACGCUUAUAUCAAAAUUCUAGGGACCCUGAUCCCUGCCGAUUCCACAUACCUUUUGUUUCUAUAUAAUUUGUUUGUUGCUGUUCAAUCGUGUGUGCGCUGCGCUUUUUGCAGUUGAAAAUCAAUUAUUUAGCGAGUAUGUACGGACUCUCAUCUUAUACAUAGUUACCAAGUGCAUAUACACAUAUACAUUUAUAUAUAUAAAUAUAUACAUAAUAUAUAUACACCCACACACACACCUCCCUCCCAUAAAGCGUUUAUAUAUUAUAUAUACAUCUGUAUUUCUAUCGUCUGUCCAUUAUUGGCAUCCAUCUUCCCCCAACCCAGGGCCUUUGUUCGUUUACGUCGUGGCGCAUGUUAUAAAUUGUAGUUUAAAAUAUUACGAAACCAAUUAUACAUACAUACAAAUAUACAUUGAUUAUACAUAUAUCAUAGUUGAUAAUUAGGCAUUAAAAACAAAUUUUAAUUAAUUGUAGGCAUUGGACCGGCAAUUCUCUGUGCUUUUGUUUAGUUUAAAAUAUAUAGUUUUUGAUGUUUAUUAAUUACAUUUUGUACAUUUAUAAAAACCAAUCGAGAAUUCACUGCUAAGUUUUUAAUUAUUGUUUAAAUUGUCCUUAAAUAUACACACCACACCACACUCCACCCCACACCACACAUACACUCAUCGACUCACACGCAUUAUUAUUUAAUAAGAAUUCACAACACAAUACGAUGGCAAAUCAAAAAACUUGAAAAAUUACUCAACUCGUAAAUUAAUUAUUUUUUAAAUAAAUGCAAAUUAUUUAAAUUAAAUUAUAUUUUGUAUUGCUUUUGAUUUCCAUUACCAUUUCGUUGACCUUUUGUUUCGCCCGGUUCGGUUCGCCAUUCAUGCCAAAAUCAAAACAAUUACGGAUCAAAUCGCAUACAUAAUAUGUAUUACAUAUACACACAUAUUUACAUCAAUUUUUAAUCGCAACGAAUUGGACAAAUUUCUAGAAGGUGAUAUUAGUGAAAAUUUUUAACUGUCUUUAAUCUUUAAUUGAAGCGAAACAACAAUUGGUAGUUAUUUAAGAGCCCCCGCCCCAUAGCCUCCCCACCCCCAUUCCCGAGCCCACCAUACAGCCCGAAAUGUGUAUUGCAUAUGUGAAAACUCUAUUGAUUUAUAUAGAACUUAGCCCUAAACAAGAUACAACACAAAUCGAUCGUUAACUUUUAGCUUUAGCGAGCUCUAGGAUGUGAACCACUAAGAAUUCUGAAGCAGAAACCGAAACCCUGCAAACAUUGACAAGGACUUUGAUCCGAUAACCAAAAGGGAUUAAGUUAAUAAAUAAAUGAGCCUUA